AUGGUCGGAGUUUACGACCCCAGGUACAGGGACAGGUAUGUGUGUCCCUCUGAGGAGUUCCUCCGGUGCCGCCUGGCCUCGGAGUUACAAAUGUUGGUGACGACUGCUCUUACCUGGGUGCAAAUUAAAUGUAUUUUAUUUUCAGCUCAAGCUUGUGCAGAUGUUCUGGCAUUAGCCAAAGAAGCUAGAAAGCGAAAUCUUGGUCCUCUUCAUCCUUCCUUUAAUGUGAUAAAGAUAGUAAGAGAUGGACUGAUGAGAAAUCUUCCAGAAAACGCUCACCAGUUGUCAUCGGGCAGACUGUGUAUUUCACUCACCAGAGUAUCAGAUGGUAAAAAUGCAUUGAUAUCUAAUUUUAACUCUAAAGAAGAAGUUGUCCAGGCUUUAAUCUGUAGUUCAUUUGUCCCUAUUUAUUGUGGCCUAAUUCCACCAUCAUUUAGAGGUGUGCGCUAUGUGGAUGGAGGAAUCAGUGACAACUUACCUCACUAUGAAUCAAAGAAUACCAUCACAGUUUCGCCUUUUGCUGGGGAGUGUGAUAUCUGUCCAAAGGGGAAUUCUGCCAACUUUCAUGAAAUGAAUGUGACCAACACCAGCAUUCAGCUCAGUUUGGGGAACCUUUAUCGUUUAACACAAGCGCUCUUUCCACCAGAACCGAAGGUAUUAGGAGAGAUCUGUGAGCAAGGAUAUUCAGAUGCUCUUAAAUUCUUGAGAGAGAAUGGUAUUCUGAAUGACUCCAUUUAUAUCCACUUGUCCUUCACAAAAAGAAAUCCUCAUGAGGCUGCACAACACAUUGACCAUAUGAAGAAAAAAAAAUUGACAGAAAAUAAUAGAGUAGAAACUUUGAAAAUGGAACUACUUAAUGACCAGCUGAAGCAAAAUCCAUGGCCUUUGGAGAAGAGCAUAUUUGAGAGUCUACCUCCUAGGCUUCGUAAAGCACUGCAGGAAGCUUGUAAAGAACAGAAUGGAUUCUGCGCUCAGUUCUCUAAACUCUUCCCGAUGCGGAUUAUAUCCUAUCUGAUGCUACCAUAUACACUACCAGUGGAGUCCGCUUACUCCGUUGCUUUACGGUUAGUAAACUGGUUUCCUGACAUGCCUGCUGAUGUUCGAUGGAUGCAAGAACAGCUUUGGCGGAUUGCUAGUACAGUUUAUUCCCAGGCUAAAAGCAAGCUGUUCUGUACAUCCAG